AUGGAUUCUUUGCUCCUCGGCACCUCCGCCCCUCUCCAUCUUCGGAAAUCUCCUUCCCUCCGAAGUGCGUGAGACUCACUUUCUGUUCUAGACGCGGGAAUGCUUAGUUUUGAAUUCGUAAUGGCUUAGUGGUAGGAGUAAACGCAUUGAUGGAACGGCCGAAGGUCGCUCGGAGAAAAUGAGCAUAGUCCCUUCCGGGUGGGCGCGGUUACGACUGAUUUGUGCUGAACAAGUCCCUUUAAUCCGUGGAUAUAAAAAGUGUGUUCGCAGCUUCGGCGUGCCAGCUUUCCUCCUCAACUCAUCGGAACUGGUUUACGCUUUUAAAAUUUCACCGAUCUCGAAACACUUGACCUAUUGGAACAAUCUCUUUAUUUUCACCUUAUUUUCGUUUGUUCUUGCAUGCAUAGCCAGCCACCCGUCUUCUAGUCAGAGGUAGUUGGGAGAAAAUGUCGAUCGAUAAAGUUGGAGAGAGAAUACCUAGAAUAGAUGUUGCCCACUAUAUUGUUGUCUGAACUUUCUUUGUCUUCAUUCAAAAUAAGGCCCUAUUUUGGUUCCAACACAGAGUGUUACUUCUGAAGAGUCUUUGUUAUUCCAAGAAUGCCAACUGUCAAUGGAGCAUACUGAUAUGAUACCUAAAAAUUAUGCAAUUUCUCAAUUUAGGAAGCCGCCAUCCACCACAGGAAAACCUUAGCUGGACACCUGAGGAAGUGUCAGAUACUCGAGUCAUAUGUGCCUUUUUUCUUGUUGUGAAUUGAGAUUACAUGCUACUUUUCGAUCACAUGUGUAUAUGUGCGCGAAUAAUUGUUUCUAUCUGAAAAAUAUAUUUCUUUUCCUCCAUAUCACGUUAUAACUCUGCAUUUUACAGGCCUCUUUUCAUUCCCAUGUAUUUCUAUCGGCAAAGAACCCAUGGAAGUUGACAGAUGGGGCAGCGUAAGAUAUCAGGGACGUUUUACGGGUCAUCCUCACAAGUUCAUAGAUAGGAGUCGGGCAUUACAUAGCAGACCUAAUAAGCUAUUUCGUACAAGUGCUGCAUCAGGAUCUGAGCCUGAAGUUUUUAGCUCCAAGAGCACACCGCCGUAUCUGAACCUGGAUGCUUUCUAUAGGUUUUCACGGCCUCAUACUGUUAUUGGUACAGUUAAGUGAUGAUCAAGUGGAAUGGUUAUCAUUGUUGAUCUUACUAUCUAUCGAUCCGUCAUCUUUGGUGCAGGCUUAUCACUGAACAUGGCAUCCUUGCUUUCUUUUUCCAUGAGAGAACUGUGACUCAUCCAAGUUUUGUUUGGUCAGGUUUUGAGCAUAAUUUCGGUUUCAUUACUAGCUGUUGAAACGGUCUCUGACAUCUCCCCAUUGUUUUUUACUGGAUUACUGGAGGUAAUGGCUCGAAGUUCUUCUCCCCGUUCACUUGGUUUGAUGUAUAUAAACUCACAUCUUACUGUGUACAUUACAGGCUGUGGUUCCUGCACUUUUCAUGAAUAUCUACAUUGUUGGCCUGAACCAGUUGUAUGACAUUGAAAUUGACAAGGUAUAUCUUUCAGAUACGAUGGUGUGCAAAUUAUCUUUAGACUAUCUUUUCCCUAGAACCUUUAAAGUACAUGCCUGUGUGACUAUGUCAAUGACCAAGUAUUGCUUCCAUAUUAAUUCGUUCAUGGUUGAUUUUCUUUGAGCUCCCUUAUCUCAUGUCAUCCUUUGGAAAUGCAUCUUCAUUAUGGUUCUCCAGACAACUUCUCUAUGAUGUUAUUUACGUUAUUUAGGACUUUCUAUUUAAGUGUCUAUGUGAAGCCUGAUUUUUACUGGUUGUGGUCGAAUCUAAACAUUGGGAGAGUUUUCACCUUUCAGGUAAACAAGCCAAACCUUCCACUUGCGUCUGGGGAGUAUUCUCUCAGGACUGGGACGGCAAUUAUUGCGGGUUUCGCUUUUAUGGUAUUCAACCUUAAUUUUAUUGAAAAGUAGUGCAGUUUUGUUUAUGGUGGAGUCCCUGCUCUUGAAGAAAUUCUGUGCGCAAACAGUAAAAGAGGACGGAGAGAAGAAUAUCAUAUGUCAGUAAGACGGGAAAAGCAUUUACGAAGUAGCUAAGACAUUAACGUUAGAAGAAGGGCAUUCGACAUUUCAGAUGACAUUAAAAGCCAUUUAUAAAGUGUAAAACCAGGCUGCAGAGAGGAUGAAGGCCGGAGCAGCCGAACCAGAGACAACUGCUCCGUGUUAAGAAUUGGAUAUUCCACUAAUGCAUAAAACUGCUCUUUGCAUUUCCUUUUAGAUGCUAGAGUAGUUGGCGCAUGCCUUGGGUCAGGGACGAUGCUUGUCAUUUCAGCUUUUCCAUUGUUCGUUUUCUUUCAUACGCUGACUUCAUUCACUUUCUACAUCAAACUCCUGUAAGUAUCACGCUAAUGUAGUGUAGAAUGUUUUGCAUGGCCAAUGCACAAUGAACUUAUCUCUAAGGCUGUUCCAAUGUGAAAGUUCACAACACAGUACGGGCAUUAGUCCUGAUUAAUUAAUGAUCUGAUCUAUGAUGGGAUGUUAUGUAAAAUAAUUUUGAAGCUCAGUUGGGAUUGAAUUUAUCUUUAAUAUUUUGUAUGUGGUACAUGUAUUUCAAGUUUUUAUUUGUUGAAAGUUGAAAUUUCAUUUCGAGUCUCACUAAUGCAGAGUUUCUUCACCGGGUGGUUUGUUGGCUCUUGGCCAUUGUUUUGGGCACUCUUCAUCAGUUUCAUUCUGGGAACUGCGUACUCAAUUAAUGUAAGUUCAGAUUUUGUGUCUAUUUAAAUAGCUCUGUCUGCUGAUUGCCGUAAAGAAAUGCCACUCCUGUGCUGUGAUUCUUCAUUUUUCAUUCGUUUUCUUCUUAAAGUCGUUUGGUUGCAGAGAUCCUUCAUCAUGUAACCAGUCCUAUUUAACAUAAUUCACAUUGUUUUCUGCAUAACUGGAAACUUUGGCAGCUCAGUUCUCUUUCUACUAUUUGAUGAAAAUUACUUCAUUGCUGUAACCUGGUUCUUUUCCAUUUCUCUGAGAAAAAUAAAACAGCUCAGUAUCUUAUGAUGUCACUUGCCUAUUUAUGAUGAAUCUAAGUGAUAUUUAUUCGUCCACAGAGCAUGCUACCAUACAGCUAUCAUUCAUGCAAUGUUUUUUCUUGUUUAUUUUAGUGGUUAUGUUAUUUUGAUUAUGACUGUAUUAUGAACCAUUCAGCUGCCGUUCUUAAGAUGGAAGAGAUUUGCAGUGGUCGCAGCAAUCUGCAUCCUGGCCGUUCGGGCAGUGAUUGUUCAAAUGUGUUUUUUCCUUCAUAUGCAGGUUUAUCUCAGUAACCUAUUUUUAUGAUCAGAUGGUUUUCCUCUUAGUAUCCGUAAAUGGUUGUUGAAAUAUUAUAGCUCAUACUUCACUUCUGCACCAUGAUGCCUUACGAUCAUAAUUUUCAGACAUUUGUUUUCAGAAGACCCGUCAUCUUGUCAAGGCCGUUGAUCUUUGCAACUGCAUUCAUGAGCUUCUUUUCAGUUGUUAUAGCUCUAUUCAAGGUAACGAACUUUGCUCAGAAAUGUCUGGCCGUCUAUCUCAUGUGAUGUUAUAAUUUUCAGUUUCAUGAAGCUACAUGACUAAGUGUUGAAUGCAUUUUGAGUAAAAUAAUUUUGAGCUUCCAUGAUGGUGAGAGUAGAGGUAUAGAAAGAAUCCGGGAACUAGGCAUGACAUAUGAUAAGCAUGGUUUGAUAUGAAGGAAAUAGAGGCUUGGGUCAAAUUCGAUUAUCGACCAAUGAAUAUUGACCGAAGAGUUAAAGAGGAAACCAAGAUGAAAUGAAUAAUUAUCUCGGUGCGGUCAUUGAAAAGCAGGCAUGUAAGCAUUUCAUGGAUUAAGAUAAGGGCGGUUGAGGAACAGGACUUAAAAUCUAGGUGAUAAUAAACUUCUAUGAGAAUUUAUUCAAAGACGAGGUGUAUGUAGAGAUGGUACAUAUAAUCCAAUCAGGCUGCUAAUUAAAGGGGAAAUAUAAAGAACAGUCAAAGUGUUUCCUACAAAAGUGUCUUCGAGCUAUUGAAAUGAGUUGGAUGACGUGAAAUAGUAUGGGAAAAUUCAGAUACUCUUCUGUGGAGAAUACCUCACAAGGGUUCCCGUGGCCCAUGACUUCAGAGGUUUGUUUCACUGAGGGAUCUAUCUCAAUCAAGCAAUUUGAAAUCAUCUCUUCGAUUUACGUGUGUUCUUGGCACUUUGUGAGGUGUGCUAACGUGGAUAAUUCUGCAGGAUAUACCUGAUAUUGAGGGAGAUCGGAUAUUUGGCAUUAGGUCCUUCAGUGUACGCCUGGGCCAGCAGAAGGUCAGUCAUUACUGACAUGAAAUUUCCUCCUCGGAAAUGGGAGCACGACCCAUCGAAUGAACCAAUAUUUUAUGCAACAGGUCUUCUGGAUUUGUGUGUAUCUUCUUCAGAUAGCCUACGGCGCUGCUGUGGUUACUGGAGCCUUUUCGCCAUUUGUUUGGAGCAGAUACGUUACCGUACGUCCUCAACUUUUCUUUUAGCUCGCUGAAUCUGAUGCAGCACAGACUUAUAAAGUAGAAAAUUCACCAAGGCCAUGCGAACCCAUUAUUUAAUCUCAGAAUUUUCUUCAGCUAUAUAGAAAUACUCCAAAGUUCUGAAUGUGGAUACAGCAUCAAGCUUGUUUCACCGUCUUUCAGGUUUUAGGCCACGUAGUUCUCGCUUCCGUCCUCUGGACGCAGGCCAAGUCUCUUGAUCUGAAGAGCAAAUCGUCAAUAACAUCCUUUUACAUGUUCAUCUGGAAGGUAAAGUUUCAGAAAAAUUAUGGGCAGACGAUCGAAAUAAAUAAAUGAUUUUCAAUUAUUCUCUACCUUUCCAUGGCAUUAAUCUUUUCUGCCUACUUUUGUCCAAGAUUCCGUUCUCAUUUUCUCAUCCUGUGCUUGCUUUCCUAUGGACAGCUCUUUUAUGCCGAGUACUUACUCAUCCCGCUUGUAAGGUGA